AUGGCACUGCUGACGACAUGGGUGAACAGCCACCUUGGAUUCACACUCAAUACUGUUGGAACCUUUAUGCCCGCAGCCUUCAUUAUCAAAGAAGCUAUUCCCGAGAAACCUAUCGCGGAAACUUGGGUGACCGUGGUGACGGGAGCAGGAGGCGAUCUCAAGGAUGCUGGCGGUGUCUUUCCUGAUGUUGCCAUUUGGGACGAUAAUGGCAACAGAAUAGGACGAUACCGCACCAAGCUAGGCGACAAGGUAGCACAGAGCAGCGAGCGAACCGUCAAGAUACCGAACGAUGAGAACAACGGGCAGAUAUCUGAUCCCCAAUAUGUCAUGUUGAGUCACGAUACCGACGCAACAUGCAUUGCAAUGGUCCAAGUUUCCAACGGCCGACUCAGUGGGACGGUCUACGGAGAUACUGGAUACAAAUGCGGUCAAGCAUGGUACUACAGCCAACGGAAGUUCAAGGGUGGUAACCUCAUGACCAAGUGUGUAUGGUUGGACUCAGAUCACUCCCAUCCCAACUUCAACGCCAGGGCUAUGAGUUUUCACCUCAGAGACAUGCUGCCUUCGCCUGAUAAGUUGAAAUUGUACAAUAGCGAGUUGUCAUACCUGUGUAAAAGCACACCUCGGUACUCUUUCUGGAAGCAUCUCAUACCAGACGGCGUUGUACCAUUCUUCUACCCAGUUCUGAAGUACAACAAGGAUUCCAUCAACCCGAAACUUGAAGGUACAAAUGAAAAUCCCAUCGAAGCCCUAGAUCGCUUCAAGUACAAUAAGGACGUAUACGUGCAACAGGGCGAAUCGGAAAAGCAGUAUCGAAAAAGGAGGAGAACUCACUCCACGCGCCUGAGUAAGAGACAAGGUUCAAACAUGGAUCCUGAUCACCUAAUCUUGACCGAGAUACCGGGUCAGACGGCUCGGGAGAUCUGCGAACACCCCAACUCAGUCGGGUAUGACAUCGUCUCGUUUGUCGACAGGAAAUACUGCAAUCUCACGAAGAGGAAACUCUACGAUUUUUGUGCCGGUAGCAUCACGACCAAUUGUUUCGACGUCAACAGUACGACUAUUGUUGGAACUCAAGGUCUCAUAGGGAGGAGUAGAAACUCCACAAAGGGGCAAAUCGCAAAGGUUUACAAAACGCGGGCUCAUUGGAAAUGA